GGAUGUUUUUCAGCAUCAAACUGCUUUUCGCGGGUUUUUUUGGUUAAAACACUUAUUUUGUGAAUAAUAAGUGAUUUUAAUUCGUCAGAUUGAGGCGCUGAAAGCGCGCUGCCAGGAAAAGGUCAAUUGGGAGCGACGGAGAGUCGGAGGGAGGAGGGAGGCAGAGAGACCCUGGCGGACAGCAGCGGAGAGAGAGGUUGGACCGGGAACAAUAGAGAGGAACGAAGCCAGCAAACAAGCCGCGAGGCGACGCGGAGAAAGACGCCGCGCGAGGCUGAUGGAGGCAGAGGAGCGCGUGCGGAGGGCACGUGAGGAAUAACCGGGCUCCCCCGCCUUUCUUUUGUCCUUUCUUUUGUCGGUGGAUUGUAUCGAACCGGAUUCCGGUAUGAACCCCGCAGAAGCGGCCGAGGAGGCGCCCAGCGACCCCGACACGGAUGCCUUCUACAAAACAGGGUCCUCCAGGACUGAAGGCAUAAAGGCGUCUGACGUCCUGCCUGUGCUGAAGGAGAAGGUUGCCUUCGUGUCUGGAGGACGCGAUAAAAGAGGAGGACCGAUUCUGACGUUUCCGGCUCGCAGCAACCAUGACCGGAUAAAACAGGAGGACCUGAGGAGGCUGGUCACCUACCUGUCUACGGUUCCCAGCGAGGACGUGUGCAAACGUGGGUUCACCGUUAUCAUCGACAUGCGCGGCUCAAAGUGGGAGCUCAUCAAGCCUCUGCUGAAGACCCUGCAGGAGUAUUUCCCUGCUGAGAUCUGCGUGGCGCUCAUCAUCAAACCCGACAACUUCUGGCAGAAGCAGAAGACCAACUUUGGCAGCGCCAAGUUCUCCUUUGAGACCAGCAUGGUCUCUGUUGAGGGUCUGGCCAAACUGGUGGAUCCUUCACAGCUGACGGACGACUUCGAAGGCUCCUUGGAGUAUAACCACGAUGAGUGGAUCGAGCUGAGGGUUUCUCUGGAGGAGUUCAUGUUCAGCGCGGCUCACCUGCUGUCCAGACUGGAAGACCUGCAGGAGCUGCUGUCUAAGAAGGAGUUUCCUGCCGAUGUGGAAGGUUCUCGUCGGUUGAUAGAGGAGCACACGCAGCUUAAGAAAAAGGUGCUGAAAGCUCCAGUGGAGGAGCUGGAUCUGGAGGGUCAGAGGCUGCUUCAGUGCAUCCGCUCCAGUGACGGAUUUUCAGGAAGAAACUGCAUCUCAGGUUCUGCUGACUUUCAGAGCCUGGUGCCGAAGGUGGCCAGUCUUCUGGACAAGCUCCACUCCACCAGGCAGCACCUCCACCAGAUGUGGCACGUCAGGAAGCUGAAGCUGGACCAGUGCUUUCAGCUGCGCCUGUUUGAGCAGGACGCCGAGAAGAUGUUCGACUGGAUCAGCCACAACAAGGAGGUGUUCCUGCAGAGCCACACGGAGAUCGGCCGCAGCUACCAGCACGCCGCCGAGCUGCAGACCCAGCACAACCACUUCGCCAUGAACUCCAUGAACGCCUACGUGAACAUCAACAGAAUCAUGUCGGUGGCGAGCCGCCUGGCGGAGGCCGGCCACUACGCGUCAGCGCAGAUCAAGCAGAUCUCGGCUCAGCUGGAUCAGGACUGGAAGAGCUUCGCCGCCGCCCUGGACGAGCGCUCCACCAUCCUCGCCAUGUCCGCCGUCUUCCACCAGAAGGCCGAGACGUUCCUGUCAGAGGUGGAGGCCUGGUGUAAGGUCUGCAGUGAAGGAGGACUUCCCUCAGAGAUGCAGGAGCUGGAGAUCUCCAUCCACCGCCAUCAGAGUCUGUACGAGCAGGUGACCCAGGCGUACACCGAGGUGAGUCAGGACGGCAAAGCCCUGCUGGACGUCCUCCAGAGACCUCUGAGUCCCAGCAACUCCGACUCCCUCACAGCCACGGCCAACUACUCCAAAGCGGUCCACUGCAUCCUGGACGUGGUUCACGAGGUCCUGCACCACCAGCGGCGCCUGGAGAACAUUUGGCAGCAUCGGAAGGUCCGCCUGCACCAGCGGCUUCAGCUGUGUGUGUUCCAGCAGGACGUCCAGCAGGUGAUGGACUGGAUCGAGAACCACGGCGAGGCCUUCCUCAGCAAACACACCGGGGUGGGGAAAUCCCUUCACCGCGCUCGAGCUCUGCAGAAAAGACACGACGACUUCGAAGACGUCGCUCAGAACACCUACACCAACGCAGACAAGCUGCUGGAGGCGGCGGAGCAGCUGGCCCAGACCGGAGAAUGCGACCCGGAGGAAAUCUACAAAGCAGCCAGACACCUGGAGGUCCGGAUCCAGGACUUUGUGCGGCGGGUGGAGCACCGGAAGCUGCUGCUGGACAUGUCCGUCUCCUUCCACACCCACACCAAAGAGCUGUGGUCGUGGAUGGAGGAGCUGCAGAAGCAGCUGCUGGACGACGUGAGCUGCGACUCGGUGGAGUCGGUUCAGGCUCUGAUCCAGCAGUUUCAGCAGCAGCAGACCGCCACGCUGGAGGCCACGCUCAACGUGAUCAAAGAAGGGGAGGAGCUUAUGCAGCAGCUCAGAGACGCCGCCAUCACCACCAACAAGACGCCACACUGCAGUUCCAUCGCUCACAUCCAGGGGGUGCUGCAGCAGCUGGACGAGGCCCAGGGCCAGAUGGAGGAGCUGUUCCACGAACGCAAAAUCAAGCUGGAUAUUUUCCUGCAGCUACGCAUCUUUGAGCAGUACACCAUCGAGGUCACAGCAGAGUUGGAUGCCUGGAAUGAGGAUCUGACUCGUCAGCUGAAUGAUGCCAGUCGCUCUGGCGGAGGAAGUGGCAGCAGCGGCGGCAGCGGCGGCGCCUCCACUGGCAGCGCAGAGGACAUCAGCCUCGCCGAGCAGCGACUGAAACGCCACGCAGAGAGGAAAGCAGCCGUUAACAACAUGAUCUAUGAAGUGAUGCAGCAGGGUCAGGACCUGCACCAGUACAUCAUGGAGGUCCAGGCCUCAGGCAUCGAGCUGACGGGGGAGAAGGAUGUGGACCUGGCCUCUCAGGUUCAGGAGCUGCUGGAGUUCCUCCAUGAAAAGCAGCAGGAGGUGGAGCAAAGCGCUCAGCACACGCACACACGGCUGGAGCAGAGCCUGCAGCUGCGCCACCUGCAGGCCGAAGUCAAACAGGUGCUCAGUUGGAUCCGAAACGGCGAGUCCAUGCUGAACGCCAGCAUGGUGAACGCCAGCUCGCUGUCGGAGGCCGAGCAGCUGCAGAGGGAACACGAACAGUUCCAGAUGGCGAUUGAGUCUCUCUUUCACGCCAACUCCCUCCAGAAGACUCACCAGAGCGCUCUGCAGGUCCAACAAAAAGCUGAGAUGAUGCUCCAAGCCGGACACUACGAUCCAGAAGCGAUCCGCGGCUGCGCAGAGAAGGUGGCGGUCCACUGGCAGCAGCUGAUGCUGAAGAUGGAGGACCGCUUGAAGCUGGUCAACGCCUCUGUGGCCUUCUACAAAACAUCCGAGCAGGUCUGCAGCGUCCUGGAGAGCCUGGAGCAGGAGUAUCGCCGCGACGAAGACUGGUGCGGCACUCAUGAGAAGCUGGGCAGUUCGGCCGACAGCGAACACCUGCUGCCUCUGAUCAGCAAACAUUUGGAGCAGAAAGAAGCUUUUCUGAAGGCGUGCACGCUGGCCCGCAGGAACGCAGAGGUGUUCCUGAAGUACAUCCACAGGAACAACGUCAGCACGCCGGGAGCUGCCGGACACACCAGGGGGCCCGAGCAGCAGGUCAAAGCUAUUCUGAACGAGCUGCUGCAGAGAGAAAACCGAGUUCUGCACUUCUGGACCCUGAAGAAACGAAGACUGGACCAGUGUCAGCAGUACCUGGUCUUUGAGCGCAGCGCCAAACAGGCGUUGGAUUGGAUCCAGGAGACAGGUGAGGUCUACCUGGCCACUCACACCUCCCCAGGAGACAGCAGUGAGGAGACGCAGCAGCUCCUCAGCGACUAUCAUCACUUCAGACUUUCUGCAAAGCAAACCAAGGAGAAGGUGAAGCUGCUGAUCCAGCUGGCGGACAACCUGGUGGAGAAAGGCCACGCCCACGUGUCGGAGCUGAAGCGCUGGGUCAGCACGGUGGACCGCCGCUACCGCGACUUCUCGCUCCGGAUGGCCAAAUACCAGGAGAGCCUGGAGAGGAGUCUGGGAGUCAGCUCGGAGGACAAUAAAGAUUUGGAGCUGGAGAUCAUGCCUGCCAGCCUGACAGACGACCCCGAGGUCAAACUGCGCGACCCCAACCACGAGGUCAACGAGGAGAAGAGGAAGUCCGCCCGGAAGAAAGAGUUCAUCAUGGCGGAGCUUUUGCAGACGGAGAAGGCUUACGUCAGAGACCUGCAGGAGUGUUUGGAGACCUACCUGUGUGAGAUGACCUCCGGCGGCGAGGAGAUUCCUCCAGGCAUCGCCAACAAGGAGCAGAUCGUGUUCGGGAACAUGCAGAAGAUCUUCGACUUCCACAACAAUAUCUUCCUGAAGGAGCUGGUGAACUACGAGCAGCUUCCAGAGGACGUGGGUCACUGCUUCGUCACCUGGGCGGAUAAAUUCCACAUCUAUGUGGAUUACUGCAAGAACAAGCCGGACUCCAGCCAGCUCAUCCUGGAACACGCCGGCGCCUUCUUCGACGACAUCCAGCAGAGACGUGGGCUGGCCAACUCCAUCAACUCCUACCUCAUCAAACCGGUCCAGAGGAUCACAAAGUACCAACUGCUGCUGAAGGAGCUGCUGUCCUGCUGCGAGGAGGGGAAAGGAGAGAUCAAGGACGGCCUGGACGUCAUGCUGAGCGUUCCCAAGAGAGCCAACGACGCCAUGCACCUGGCCAUGCUGGAGGGCUUCGAGGAGAACCUGGAGGUCCAGGGGGAGCUCAUCCUCCAGGAGAGCUUCCAGGUUUGGGACCCGCGCUCACUGAUCCGAAAGGGGCGGGACCGACACCUCUUCCUGUUCGAGUUCUCGCUGGUCUUCAGCAAGGAGAUCAAAGACUCGGCCGGGAGAACCAAGUACCAGUACAAGAACCGGCUGCUGACGUCUGAGCUGGGGGUGACGGAGCACAUCGAGGGCGACCCGUGUAAGUUUGCUCUGUGGUCGGGGAGAACGCCGUCUUCAGACAACAAGACGGUCCUGAAGGCCUCCAGCGUGGAGGUCAAACAGGAAUGGAUCAAGAACAUCAGGGAGGUGAUCCAGGAGAGAAUGACCCACUUGAAGGGGGCGCUGAAGGAGCCCGUCCCCCUUCCCAAAGCGCCGGCCCUCACCAAACCGAAGAAUCACGCCAAGAGGGAGGGGGCUGAAGACGGGGACAGUCAGGGCGACGGCGGCAGCCAGCCGGACACCAUCUCCAUCGCCUCCAGGACGUCACAGAACACCGUGGACAGCGACAAGCUCUCUGGCGGUUGCGAGCUGACGGUCGUCCUGCAGGACUUCACGGCGGGAUGCAGCACAGAGAUGUCCAUCAGUACAGGUCAGACGGUGGAGCUGCUGGAGAGGCCCAGCGAGCGGCCCGGAUGGUGUCUGGUCCGGACCACCGACCGCAACCCGCCUCAGGAAGGACUGGUUCCCAGCUCGGCGCUCUGCGUGUCCCACUCCCGGUCCAGCGUGGAGAUGGACUGCUUCUUCAGCUCGGGUAGAGAUUACCACGUGAGCGGCUCUGAUGGGAAGAGCGAGUCGGUGGCGAACCUGCAGCCUCAGCCGUCCCUCAGUUCACUGCAGUCCAGCUCUCCGGGCCAAAAGCGCUCCGGAAACCCUCUGAGAAAGUGGCUGACCAGUCCGGUGCGCCGCCUCAGCCAGGGCAGCUCCGUCAAGAAGCCCGCCAGCAAACCCAAGAAGACCGGACCGGGAUCAGGAAGAGAAGAUGGCAGGAGGACAGACCAGGAGGACCCCAUGGAGGAGAGAGUCUCCAGUACGGAGAGCAGCACACAUUUUAAACCUCCACCUGGGAUGCAGAGCGGCGGCGAGGAGGAGCAGGAGGACGAGGCGCACCCUCCUCUGCCACCGCCCAUGGAGAUCAUCAAGGAUCCUUCAGCUCAGGACGACAAGUCUUCGUCCUUGCUAACUUCCCUGCAGCCUCCCUCUGAGGUGCCCAGCGCCGCAGAGCUGGUUAGCGCCAUAGAGAAACUGGUUAAAACUAAGAUGACUGGAGAACCAGGAGCGUUCCCAGGAUUCCCUCUGACUCCACCAGAACAAACCACUCCGGUCCAGCCCAGGAACCCUGAACUGGAGCAGAAAGCCAAAGCCAUGAGAGGACGGAUGUUUGUUCUGAACGAGCUGGUCCAGACCGAGAAGGACUACGUCAAAGACCUGGGCACCGUGGUGGAGGGUUUCAUGAAGAGGAUUGAGGAGAAGGGCGUUCCUGAUGACAUGAAAGGAAAAGACAAAAUCGUGUUUGGGAAUAUCCACCAGAUCUACGACUGGCACAGAGACUUCUUCGUCGUAGAGCUGGAGAAAUGUCUGGAAGACCAUGAACUUCUAGCGGGGCUCUUCAUCAAACACGAGAGACGACUGCACAUGUACGUGAAUUACUGCCAGAACAAACCCAAGUCGGAGUACAUCGUAGCUGAAUAUGACACGUACUUUGACGGGAUCCAGCAGGACAUUCAGUCCCGACUGAGCAUCAGUGAUUUUCUCAUCAAACCGAUCCAGAGAAUCACCAAGUACCAGCUUCUUCUGAAGGACUUCCUGAAGUACAGCUCAAAAGCGGGGAUAGACUGUGAACAAAUAGAGAAAGCUGUAGAUCUGAUGUCUCAGGUCCCUAAACUGUGCAACGACAUGAUGAACCUGGGUCGGCUGCAGGGAUUUGAGGGGAAUCUGAUCAAUCAGGGGAAGCUGCUGCAGCAGGAAACCUUCUUUGUGACGGAGCAGGAUGGAAGUGUGCUGUCGCGCUCCAAAGAGCGCAGAGUAUUCCUCUUUGAGAAGAUCGUCAUCUUCAGCGAACUGCUCAGGAAAGGCUCGUCCACACCUGGAUAUCAGUUCAAGAAGUGCAUCAAGGUGUUUGUUCUUGGUCUGGAGGAGAGCGCCGACAACGACCCCUGUAAGUUUGUCUUGUCCAGUCGAGGCUCACCCGAGAGAUUCACGCUCCAGGCCGCCAAUGUUGACAUCAAGCAGGAGUGGAUCAGGCACAUUCAGGACCUCCUGGAUGCUCAAAACAACUUCCUGAUUGCCCUGCAGUCACCGAUCCAUUACCAGAAGAACAAAGGAGACAGCAACUCUUCCCUGACCCGAAAAAGCUCUGGGUCAGGGAACCGGUCCAGCUCUUCUCACAGCCGACCCUCAUCAGAUGUUGGAAUCGACAACAGAGAAUCUGGGAAAAGCCAGCUGAAAAUGUCCACAUCCAACGGUGGCUCGUCCUACUUCGAUUCCACGGAAGCUGAGGGCGACGGGUGCAACGGCGUCUCCUCCACCAGGCGGGUCACUCAGGACUACUCGGCAGUCAAAGAGAACGAGAUCAGCGUCAGUAAGGGGGAGACGGUGCAAAUCCUGGCCUCCAACCAGCAGAACAUGCAUCUGGUUUACCGGCAGGCCGACAGCCAAUCACCUGCUGCCGAGGGCUGGGUGCCGGGGUACAUCCUGGACACGCCCAUAAAGUCCAUAAAAGACUCCUCCUCCACUUCCUCCUUCCCGACCGCCGUGGCAGACGCCAACAACAUCAAGAAGUCUCUGUCCUGGAACACGCUACGUGCUCGGAAGCGCGCCGAAACCCGGGACGCGUCCUCGCUGGCGUUCCGAGGUCAAGAGAACGGCCUCUUUCGUAAGCCCAAAGAUGCCGCCGGCACCUCCCCCCCGCACGCCACGCCCAAGGCCAAAGACGUCCACACUUCAGAUGAAUCAGAUUGUGAAGACGCUCCAGAAACCGGCAUGGAGCUUCUAAACCCAAACUUUAUCCAGGAAGUGGCGCCAGAGUUCCUGGUUCCGCUGUCUGACGUGGCGUGCGCUUUGGGGGAGACGGUGGUCCUCUGCUGUAAAGUCUGCGGACGCCCAAAACCCUCCGUCACCCUAAAGGGUCCGGAUCAAACCCUGGUGACCAGCAACAGCCGCUUCACCAUCGACAUCAGGGACACGGGGGACAUCUUGUUGAAGAUCUGUAACCUGAUGCCCCAGGACACGGGCAUCUACACCUGCGUGGCCAUGAACGAGCACGGCUCCUCCUCCUCCUCUGCCUCCAUCAAAGUUCAAGGUAUCCCAGCAGCCCCGGGGAGGCCCGUGGCUCAGGAGGCGAGCAACAUGGCGGUGAUGGUGCACUGGCCCCCGCCGGCUUCAACCACCCACAGCACCAUCAGCAGCUACACGGUGGAGUACAGGCAGGAAGACUCGUUGCUAUGGCAACAGGCGGUCAGCAGCAGGGAGGAGUGCGUUCAGAUCGAUGCUCUGAUUCCAGGAGGCCACUAUCAGUUCAGGGUGCGGGCCUCCAACAUGUGGGGGAUUGGCCCGCCGUCUGAACCCUCAAACAUGAUCACCCUGUCCAGCAGCAACUCUGGAUAUGAUGGAACAGGGAUCCAGUGGAAGGAGAACUUUGAUUCAAACUUCACAGAGAUCAGUGAAAUCGGAAGGGGGCGGUUCUCCGUUGUUAGGAAAUGUCUCAGCAAGUCCACAAAGAAAGAGGUUGCUGUGAAAUGUGUGAGUAAGAAACUGCUGAAGAAGGAGCAGGUUGCUCAUGAGGCAGACCUCCUUCGACGUGUGCAGAACCAUCAGGUGGUGGCGCUGCUGGACGCCUACGAGUCUCCUGCUUCUUUGAUGCUAAUCCUGGAACUAUUGGAGGACGGACGUUUGUUGGAUUACCUGGUCUCCCAUGACGAGCUGAUGGAGGAGAAGGUGGCGUUCUUCAUCAGGGAAACUUUAGAGGCUCUACAGUACCUUCACACCUGCAGGGUGGCACACCUGGAUCUCAAGCCUGAGAACAUCAUGGUGGACCUCCACGGUCCGUCUCCAUCCAUCAAGCUCAUCGACCUCGGCGAUGCCGUUCACCUGUCCGCCCAUCGCAGAUACAUCCACCUCUUGCUGGGAAACCCAGAGUUUGCAGCGCCUGAGCUCAUCCAGGGCUCUCCGGUCUCCCUGGCGACAGACAUGUGGAGUGUGGCCGUGCUAGCCUACGUCAUGUUGAGCGGCGUUUCUCCGUUUUUGGAUGAGUCCCCAGAGGAAACGUGCAUCAACAUCUGCCGCCUGGACUUCUGCUUCCCAGACGAGUACUUCAGUGGCGUUAGCCAGGCGGCCAGGGAUUUUGUGUCGUCGGGGCUGCAGCAGGAUCCUCGGAAGAGGCUGAGCGCUGCUACCUGCCUGCAGCACCCGUGGGUGGGGCGUGGCGGCGCGCAGGGCGGCCAGUACUCUAAAACCCCAUUGGACACAUCACGACUGGCCACGUUUAUCGAUCGAAGGAGACAGCUGCACGACGUCCGGCCCGUUACCAACAUCAAGGGGCUGGUGAGCAGCCGAGUGGGCGGAACACUGUGAGGAAGAGGAGGUGACGAUGAAGAACGCUGAAUGUCUUUACCAUUUAUUCAUGUAGGAAUGAGAACUGUGUUCAUGGUGCCUGAAGACUUCCAACCUUCUUGGGUAGCUGGUAAUCAUGGCUGUACACUUUUAUUUAUUCCAAGACUCUUCUUUUAUCACCAGGUUUCCAUGGCGAUGGCCCCCGUUAGCCCUAAGAAACUAGUAGAAAUGCAUCAAAACCCAACUUCCCAUUGUCUUAAUGUAUAAACCUGUUUGUGUUUGGAUACAAUUACACAGCUCUCAUCAUAGCAGCUGGUGUUAUCAGGCGUGUGCCUUACUGGACGUCUGUCCUACAGGUUUGGGCCACCAUGCAGACACAAUUCAAGGUCAAAUCUUUUCACUUUUGCUGAUGACAUUUCUGAGUUUCAUCUGGGCAAGAAAGGAAAGAAACACCAGUAAGUUUUUUAAUGAAGGCAAAUUCACAAAGUGUAUUUUCCAUUAGUGAAGUACAAAUAUCAAGUUAUAUUGGGGUGCAGGUGAACGUAGGGAAGCUGGAUCAUCUACAAUGAGCUGAUACAUUGACAAAAUUUAUAUAUAUAAAAAGAAAAAGUGUAAGGUUGUCCAUUUUUAGCUCAUAUAUAAUUUACCUUGUUAAGUGGAUGAUGACUCUGCCUCCACAUGUGGUUUCCAUGGCACUGAUGUAAAUUCAGAUCCAUACAUUUGGUAAUAAUUUACUGUAUCUGAAGAUGCAAACAAUUAAUUACACAAAAUUAUAAGAAUCACCAUUAUAGACAUGAUCCCAACCAUCGCAUCACAUCUUUGGCUCACUUUAGUCCGCCUGAGUUCACACUGUCGUUAAAGUGUUUCAGGGUUGCAUGAGAGCUGGGUCCCUUAUUUUCACGUGGUCUGGAGUUCAUUUUAUCCAAAUCCGAGUUUAGAUGAGGCGUCACAUCUGCCAAAUAAAUCCAAUUAACCCUUUAAUACCAGAGCUUUAGCUCACACUCUUUAAACUACUAUAACUCCUAAAUGGUUUACGCAAUAAUGAAAUUCCAAUAGAGAAAACAAUAUGGUGUUGAUAACUUAAACUGUUCCAUAACAGUGAAAAGCAGAUUUCUGUCCAGAUUAGAAUCUGCUCGUUUACAUUGAUUGUGUUUUAAAUGUAUUACUCCAAAGUGAAAGCUUUACUACUGUUAAGUUACUGCUGUAAAGUGCAAACCUUACUACUGAAAAGUGUAAACUUCACUCCUGCGAAGUAUAAACUUUACUUUGUUAAAGUCUAUACUUAACUAUUGUAAUGUGUAAACUUUACUACUGCAAAGUGUAAACUUCACUACUUUAAAAUGUAAACGUAACUACAUCAAGUUGUGAACUUUACAAUUUUAAAGAGUAACUUUACUACUGCAAAUGGUAGGCAUUGCUACUGUAAAGUCUACACUUUACUACUUUAAAGUGUAAACUUUACUACUUCAAAUCGUAAACUUUACAACUGUAAAGGGUAAACUUUACAACUGCAAAGUGUAAGCUUUACUCCUACAAAGGGUAAACUUUACUACUUCAAAGUGUAUUCUUUACUACUUCAAAGUGUAUUCUUUACUUCCGUAAAGUGUAUACUUUACUGCUGCAAAGUGUAUACUUUACUAAUGUAAAUUUCCUACUGUCAAAGUGUCAAUUUUACUACUGUAAAGUGUAUACUUUACAACUUUAAAGUGCAAAACUUUACUCCAGCAAAGUUGAAACUUUACUGCUUCAAAGUAUAAACUCUACAACUGUAAAGUGUAAACUUUACUACUACAAAGGGUAAAAGUACUACUGCAAAGUUUAUGUUUUACUAAUGUAAAUUUACUACUGUCAAAAGGUAAGCUUUACUACUGUACGGAACGUAAAUCCUAGAGCUAAAGCGCUGGUGUUAUCUAAAGUAUGUCAGCAUCAUCCUGGUAACAUUCACACCCCAGGAAACCAUUUUAUCCCAUGAUUAAUGCUAUUUGUGCUUAUGUGUUAUUGAUUUUUAACAAAACAUUUAAAAUGAAAGAUGUUUACAGGUUUGCUUUUAAUUUUUUUUUACUUUUCCUGACCUGAGGAGAAUGUAGAUACAGUUGUUUCCUCUGAGCCAAAAUAUAGCCUGAUAUAGACACUUGUUGAGGUCAAGAAUCAGCAGAUUCUAACAGCUUCUCUUUAAAAUGGGGUUUAAAGUCAUGAUAACAGUUAAAUGUCUUUCUGCUCAGGUUUUGUGAGUUUGAUAUUGCACAGAUGUUAGCAGUUAGCAGAGUUCAGGCUCUGACUCCUGCCUGAUGCCAACUGAACUUCAGCCACCUAGGAGAAACUCAAUAAAAACAGGAGUUUUCAUGUAAAAAAAAAGAUUAGUUUUCUUGCUCAGUAGAAGAAUUCUGUGGUCUGUUCGGUGAAUCACUGUUUACAAAGAUUUAAGAAGUGUUUGUUGGUAGUUUGCAGAGCAGUUAGGUGUCCAUGGAACAUCUGCACGUUAAAGGAACCAAAAAUGUGUUUGUAAAUAAAUUGCUCACAUCUGCAACAGUUGGCAUAAAUGCAAAAUCCCAUCUGCGACUUUUCUGUUUUAAAGGUCGUCUCCAAGGUUCUGCUUCUGGAGGAACGAGGUUCAUUUCCUGCUGUGAUGCGUCACUUUUUGCAUCUUUUGAAGCCGUUUGAGUUUAUAACACCUUGUCUUUCAAAGCUGUUGUACAGUUGUUCACACAUUUUCUUUUUUUUAUUAUUUGUGAAAGAUUCUUCUCUCUUGGCUCUAAAGAUUGUGGUUGAAUUCAUUCAAACGUGAUGCACAUUUAACCGCCACGUCUUCGUUUCAGCGCCGCUACUUAACAUGACUGUAGAAACCUAUAGGCAGAUCUGUGAACUGCAGCUUAAUGGAUGUAUUUUAGGAUAGAAAAAGUGUGUUUUCAUGAACAAUGUAAACGAAGUGGAAUGUUGCCGGUUUUUCUGUGGGCCUCCUUAAGGCCUUCAGAUGUUUGGCUCUUCACACAAGCACCUUUGAAAAGAAAGUCCUCCAGGAACUGUUGACUGAUGAAGGGUUCAUGCUUGAUUCUGGUUAAGCUUUAUCCUACUGGCUCAACUCCCACUUUCUAGUUGAUAUAGAGUAUGCCCAUGUAUUUUCUGUAUUAUCUAGAACUGGGUUGCUGGCUCAACACCUUGUCACUAAUCAGAUGACAGAUUAACACGUGGAUUUGACUGACAAUCUGCUGUGACCAUGUCAGAUUUACUCAAUUUUUCUUUCCUCAUAACCGGUUCCCCAGCAUGACUAUGAACACUGUGUAAACAUGGCUCUCAGGUCUGAAACUAGAGUUUGAUGGAUUCAAAAAUGUAUUGGUGACGGUGCUGAGCCUCUUGAAUGCUUUCAUAAUAAAGUUCCUUUGUUUUUCUCUC